AUGGUUGCCACGGGUGAUGACAUCUCCACAAUUGUUUUUAAAGUGGAUAACCAUAUGCUUGAUCGAUAUACGUAUGAAUAUCAUUUGUCUCCCAUACUUGGUUUUCAACUUCCACCUCCGUCAUCAUCUGUUCUUGAUGACCCGUUUGAUGGUAGUAAAUACCCUUUUCAAUUGACGUCAUAUUUGGCUGGUGAAUUUCAUCCUAAAGCUAUUAUGUUGGACGAUGUGAUUCCAGACCCAGAUGUGGACCCAAUGAUUGUCAUUCCUGACUCUUCUAUUAGACUUCUGGGGUUUGGUCCAGCUGAUUUUUCUGUUGAUCAACUUUUCGAGCCUUGUUGUCCUUUGAUUGCUCCCUCACACGUUGGUUCUUCUCGUUCUGUGGACGGUGUGUUCACAGAUAUUCCUUGUACUAGUCGGAAACGCAAACGGCUUUUAACACCUCUCCAAUUUGAACAAUUUUUAUGCGAGGUUUCCCAUGGCCCUCGUUAUGUAUCUUCUUUGCCUUCAGAGUAUGAUGCUCCAAAGUCGGCGGAUAUGUAG